AUGCUGUUGCAACGGAGUGGGAGGUUGAUUUCUAAGCAGAAGCAGCAGGGUCGUCGGGGUGGUCCUGCUGCGGGCUGGGACAUCACUACCGUGGACGAGCUGUACAGGACCGCUCAGACGGACGGGCCGCCUAACCUGGACAACGGGCUGAUCAACGACACGAAUGGUGAUGAGGGGACUUCCUACCGACUGCGCGCGUACAACGCCGCCGUCGACACCCAUGUCGAGUUCAUGCUCGACAAUCACACGAUAUCACCUACACGGCCACGACUUCUCCAUCCUGGCGCAGGGAAGUGGGACGUACGCUGGGGUCAGCCCGUUCGUCUCCACCUUUGGAACCAGCAGGCUGCCAGAAAACGGGCAUUUGGUGCUCGCGUUUCUGACGGAUAA